CAGCAGCAGCAACUUCAACAAACUUUGGAACAGCAGCAGGCGUUGCUGGCGUUGCAGGCUGCCGGAGGCACGACAACAAACCAAAGAUCGACAAGUCAAACCACAGCCGCGACCUUAGCAGCUCUGAAGCAGCAGCAGCAGCAGCAAACUCAAAGCGGCCUGAGUCAAACUGGUGCCACUGCCACUGCUAACCAGGCGCUGAUAAACCAAGCACUUCUUGGCGGCAGCGGCGGAAGUGGUNUGAUAAACCAAGCACUUCUUGGCGGAGGCAGCAGUGGUUUGACUGCCCAGCAGCAGCAGCAGCAGCAACUGCAGCAACUUCGAUUGCAGCAGUCAGCCAUCGACCAGCAGCAGCUCGCCGUCCAGCAGCUGCAGCAGCUGCUCCAGGCAAGUCAGCCCGGCUCGGCGCAACACCAGCAGCUUCAGCAACUCCUCCAGCAGCAACAGCAACAGCUGCAACAGCUGCUUCUAAACGCCGCCCAGCAACAGGAAGCCCUGAAAAAGCGGGUCGGAAAAGCACCGCCAACAUCAGCAACGACCGUGCUCAUUGACCCGCUGACGGGGCAGAUUCUAACUGAAGCACAGCAACUGCAGCUGCUUCAAAGUUCAGCUCAACUUCAACAGCAACAGCAACAACAGCAGCAACAGCAGCAACCACUUGACCCCUACUCUUUAAUGCUUGCCAGAGCGGCAGCAAACAGCAGCAGCAGCAGCAACUUGAUAAAUCAGCUGCCGUACCACAACGCCUCACUUUCCUCAUCAUCAGCAGGCAGUUCACUGGGAAAUACGCCCUCAUCGGGAGUUUUUGGCCCUCUUAUUAGCACCACCACCACUACUUCUGCAGCGAUGAUCGGCCUCGGUCCCACUGUUACCACCUCUUCAGUUGGGCGGACUCAAAAUCUGAUCAGCUCGCAGUUGGCAUCUUUGCAGCCUUCGGUUCGUUCUUCAGCACUGCAAAACCAGCAGCAACUUCUAGGUCAACAAGGAGGUUUUCUGAGCAAGAGUCAGCUGGAGCAGUUCUCGAACAGCGCCUGGGCGCACGCCACCGAGCUGUCGCCCAUUCUCGAUGUGUCGCCCAGCGUGGAGGCGGCCGCCGCCGAGGCGCAGGAGUUUCUCGAGCGGCGCAGUCGAAGUUUGGAGAGCGCUCGAGGUCUAAACAACAGCAGCAACAUCGGUCUGACUGGGCUGGGCAUUCCGCGGGCGACUAGCGGUACAAUCAGCGCCAUGAUGGACGACUUCAAUCGAGCCAUUGAGACGCUGGAUCUCAGUCACAAUCCCGACCUGAUGGAGUCCACCAUACGGCAGAAUCGAGCAGCGGCGGCAGCAGCUGCAGCUGCGGUUUCCGCAUCCUCAGCAACAACUUCAACAGCUGCAGCCUCAAAUCGAGCUUCCUCAGUGGACGCCGCUCGAAAUCGCCAGCUACAAUUGCUUCAGCAAGAAACACCUGGAAACAUUCAGGCAGUUCGCCGGGCGUCCACCGGCCAGGUGGACUCGCUGGACUCGCUGGCGGCGCUUCGAGCCGAUCGGGCGGGCGGAUCACUAGCUAGGCAGUUGCAGCUGAAAAACUCCUCUUCUUCGGCAACUUCCUCUCUCACCACCACAUCCUCAUCCUUAUCUCAAGCCAAAUCAUUAUCAUCUUCCUCCUCCUCCUCCUCGCAGCAGCAGUCGAUGAACCAACAGCAGCCCGGACCGGAAACGACGCCCACCACUACCGGCAUCACGGGAUCUGUGGAGAACUCCUCCUCUUCCUCCCGCCAGGCAAAGGCCCUCGCGGCGGCCAACUCCGCCAUCGAGGCGCAGCUGCAGAAGCAGCAGCAGGUGCUGAUUGCGCAGCAGCAGCAGUUUCUGCAGCUGCAGCUGGAGCAGCAGCGCCUCCAGGCGGUGAUGCACGAGCAGAUGGAGCGCUCGGCGAAGCAGCUCGAGGUGGCGGAGAAGGCGGAGACGGAGCUGAUGGCGGCGCAACGGGCUCAGCUGGCGGCGCUGCAGGCGCAGCAGGCGGCGCUGCAGGCGUCCAUGGCGCAGGCGACGGCGAAGCUGGCCGAGGCGGAGAGCAGCGCCCGAAGCGCCGCCCUCUACGGUGCAAAGGUGCAAGAGCACGACCAGCCUCUUCUCUAUG